AUGGGGUGUGCUUGUGGCGGAUGCAGCAAGACCAGCUGCUACAAUGGCGAGCGCACCUCCCACACGAGGAGACAGUGCACCGGACCCAAAGGAAGCGAAGGCGAGUGGCAGCAGGCGGUUGGUGCAGCGGAGGGUGUGCAGGACUGGUCUCUCAACCCGAUCAUCCGCCCACCUGGAAAGUUGAAUUGGAUCGUCGGGGAUCCAACGGUUCUGCAAGUGGGCGAGGAGAUCCAUAUGUGGACCAACGGCGCCUUGGGCAAUAUCCAGCACUACGUGGCCAGCAGUUCCGACCCCACGUCCUUCAAGCAGCUGGCGGAUUCUGUGGUGGACUUUGGCACGGUGAGGCCCUAUAUCUUUCACAACAAGGAGGCAAACAAGGUGACGCUCUUCUAUGAGCAGUUCGAGUGCCCCUUCUUCCAGAGCUCCCACAUCGCGGCCCGGGAGGCGGAGGUGGGGAAGUGGAAGUUCGGGCCAGCCACGACGAUCCUCAAGCCAAAGUUGCCCUGGGAGAAGGAGGGGCAAAGUCGGGUGGGCAACGCCUUCGUGUACUACAACACGGUGAAGGGCAAGUACUGGCUCUACUACUCGUGCGGCAAGGUCGACGUGACGGACUCCGGGAUCGCUGAGCCCUUGAACUUCGGGCUGGCGCAGAGUGACCAGCUCCUGGGGCCCUACACCCGCGUGCUGGAGAAGCCCAUGGAGGUGCGUGGGGACAUCCCGGGGUUGACGAUCAUCGGCAAUGGCUCCUUGAAGAUCAUCAAGAGUCCCUAUGCGGACAUCACCGCCAACGGCGUGGGGGUGGCGUUGUGCAACCGCAUCACCAAGAACUUGAGUGCAGAGGAGGGCAAGCAGUCCGGCAGCACCGUGUCCAUGAUCCGCACUAGUGACGGAGGCCUCUCUUGGGACACGGUGGUGCCCAAGUUCCUGGGGCCCAGCCUCCUGAGCGACAACUGGAAAGAGGCCUACGUCUAUGCCUUCGACACUUUGCCGAACCCUUUGGACCAGUCCAGUGAGCUCAUCUACUACAACGGCCGCAACGGCUGGAAGGAUGCAUAUGAAGAAGCUGGUGUCUCACGGUUUCCGGUGGAAAUGAUCCGAGACGCGGCGUGCGCUUGA